AUGACGGUUAAAGUAAGUGUCAAGUGGGGCAAGCAGCUGUUCGAGGAUGUCGAAGUAGACAAAGCCGCGCCCGUGGCUGUGCUCAAGGCGCAGCUCUACGACCUCACGUCCGUGCCUGUCGACCGCCAGAAACUCAUGUCCAAGGCGUGGAAAGGGAUGCUCAAGGACGACGUGGAGCUCUCGACGCUGGCCAACUUCGUCGAUGGGACGGGUGUCAUGCUCAUGGGUUCAGCUGAGGUGGUCCACAAACCAAAGCAGCCCAUUGUCUUUAUCGAGGACAUGACAUCGAAAGAUGUAGCCAUGACGGGUACACUGUACCCUGCCGGUCUUGUGAAUUUGGGCAAUACGUGCUACAUGAACGCGACAUUGCAAUGCUUACGACCAGUGAAAGAGCUGCGGAAUGCGCUGGCGUCGCAGCCCAGCGGCGCGCCAGGAACCUCGGCCUCGAGCUUUUCGACGGCAUUGCGAGACAUGUACAGCCACUUGGACGGCAGCGUCGAUAGCAUCACGCCGUUCGUGUUCGUGUCCGUGUUACGUCGGGUCUACCCGCAGUUUGCCCAGCAAGCGCCUCGCAGUGGCGGGUACAUGCAACAGGACAGUGACGAGUUUCUCUCGACGCUCUUUUCGACAUUGCAGCAGACGCUGACGCAGGCAGGAGGAGGCCUCACGUCGCUUGGCCCUGCGUCGAACGUUGUCGAUGCGCUGUUUGGACUGGAGAUGGACGAGACGAUUGAGUGCACGGAAAGUGAAGCGGAGGCGGUGAUUGCAAAGAAGGAGAAGGCGCUCAAGCUCGUGUGCAACAUCACGAUUGAGACGAAUCAUUUGGCGGAGGGUGUUAAGAUUGGACUGGAAGGCACGAUUGAAAAACACUCGGAUGUGCUUGGUCGCAACGCAGUGUGGAAGAAAACGCUGCGGAUAAACCGCUUGCCCAAGUACUUGUGUGUGCAGUUCAUGCGUUUCUACUGGAAGACAACGCCGGAGAGUCGUGACCACACUGGUGUCAAGUGCAAGAUGCUGAGACCCAUUGGUUUUCCCACAACUCUGGACGUCUACGAUUUUUGCUCCGAUGAGCUGAAGGCGACAAUGAAGAUUUCGCGUGACAGGAAUGCCGAGAAGUUGUUGAACGAGUUUAAGGACAAGGAGGAAGAAAGCGAGGAGAAAAAGCAAGCAGAUGAGGAUGACGGCAUGGACGAUCUCUCUCAGGAAGAGAAGGACGCUUUAGAAGCUGCUUGCGCUCUUUCGAUGGGUGCCAAGUCGCCCGGUAUUGAAUUGCCUGCCAAUUUCCAAGGUAACUACGAGCUGUACGCGAUUUUGACGCACAAGGGUCGUUCCGCUGACUCGGGCCAUUACAUGGCGUGGGUUCGUCACGAAGGAGAUGACUGGUAUUGCUACGAUGAUGACGACGUCUCGCCGUGCAAGACGGAGGACAUUAUGAAACUCAAGGGCGGGGGUGACUGGCACAUGGCGUACCUCGCUUUUUACCGCGCCAAGAAGUAG